AUGAAAUUUCACAUCCUGAAAUGCAGCAAGAACAAUGUAGGGAAGCGCUUAUGCUGCAUCACUGAAUGGGGAUCAAAAACUGACCUGCAACUCGACACUCCGCUCUGCAUGAUCUACACUCGCGCCGGUCAUAUACCUCACUUGACGGGUGAUGCGUUAGAUGUUACCUGUCUGAUUCGGGACAGCAGUGUCUGGCAUAUGUCUCUGCCCACAUCUGCUUGGUCAUCGUUUCAGAUCGACACAGACACGUUUGAGCUGCUGCAGCGUCAACUCCAGGUCGACUGUUUUCAGGCGUUCUGUGAUGCCGACACUCCGCCAGACGCGUCUGCGACACGCUGUCGCAAAGCCGUCGACAGAACCAUCUCCUUCGCCAGUACUAGCUUAGAAAUCGGCAACAAGCUUUCAGCUGAUGUUUUCGCUUCCAUCGUGGGAGGUCGAGAAAAGUUCGAAUUGAGACGAUGCUGCAGGCAAUUAGCGAAGCUUCCAUUUCAGGGUUACAUGUUCGAGGGAUUUCAUGGAUAUGGUCAGUUAACUGAUUUCAAAGUGUCGUCAGUCGCAAAUCUGCUGCAGCAUUGUUUGGACACUCUUCCGAAAGAAUUACCUCGCUUUUUUCCGGGCGCACUCGAUCCUACUCAAGUUUUGGAAUUAGUCGAUUUAGGUUGCGAUUUGUUCGACUCUUCUUACGCCUACCUGUUGACUAAAAAAGGACAAGCUCUGGUGCUGGACGAAAGCUUUCCCGCUGAACCGAAGUUUCACUUGAUCGACGAUUUUGAUGUACUGUGCGCAGAUUGCACUUGCUACACCUGUUCCGGAUCGAAGUAUACCAAAGCGUAUUUGAACCAUCUAAUGGUUACGCAUGAAUUGCUUGGUCCCGUACUGCUUCAAAUGCGUCAUGGAAUUUACCCCGACCAACCACAGAACACGGCUGACGAUGACAAGUUCAUCGAGUUCUACCGAGAGUUUCUGGACGAAACCAAAGCCGCGCACAUAAGCUACAGUCGAGCCUGGUACGAAAAACUGUUCAAAGUGCUGAUUCUUGGCUAUGCAGCAAUUUUCAGUAGAAUUGGCCAUAAAAUUAAGACAGGCUUCGUCGACGGAUUAAAACGUCUGCGAAUAAAGUGA